ACGAUCUAUAAAUACAUGUAAAAUUUGCGGAGAGCGGCGGAGGAGCAGCAAUGGCCACCGAGAUGGAAGAGUUGCUGGAUUUUCUAUCUUCUCCAUCUCCUCCAUUGAAGAAGGCAGCUGUUGAUAUUGUUCGGGGAUUAACCGGGUCUGAUGAUGGCCUGCAGUCCCUUUCCAAGUAUGCCAAGAUGGCGUUGCCACCACUGUCUCGGCUUUUGAGUGAAAAUAAGGAGGUUUCAGAACCUGCAGCUGAAGCACUGGUAAAUCUAUCCCAGAAUUCUCAAUUAGCUGUGAAGAUGGUUCAAAUGGGUAUGAUUAAAACGGUUAUGGAUUUGUUAUAUAAGCCAGACUCAAGUAUUACACGAUUGCUGGUUAUGCUUUUAGUGAAUCUCACACAGUUGGAUGAUGGCAUCUCUUCCUUUCUUCAGACUGACAAUGAGCGGAUUCAAGGAUUGUAUCUUAUGAAGCUUGUAAGAUCUUUCUGUAGAUCCUCCAGUGAAACUGGUGAUGAUCCAUUUGAACAUGUUGGUUCCAUACUGGUAAAUAUUUCGAAGAAAGAAGCAGGAAGGAAGAUUUUAUUGGACCAAAAUCGAGGACUGCUAAAGCAGAUUAUUAGACAAUUUGAUUCAACUAGUCCGUUACGGAAGAAAGGGGUUUCUGGAACGAUUCGGAACUGUUGUUUUGAAGCUGAGCAUCAGUUGCAGAAUCUGCUUCUGAUUUCUGAGUUUCUUUGGCCAGCUCUACUACUUCCAGUUGCUGGCAACAAAAUAUAUAGCGAAGAAGACAUAUCGAAAAUGCCACUUGAGCUUGGAAGUGCUCUAAGGAUUGAGCGUGAAACAGUUGAUGAUCCUGAAAUUCGUGUUCAAGCACUGGAAUCUAUUUACCUUCUCACAUUGCAGGAGGCAGGCCGGAGAGCCUUUUGGUCUGUAAAUGGACCAAGAAUAUUACAAGUUGGCUAUGAGGAUGAGGAAAAUCCAAAAGUUAUGGAAGCAUAUGAGCAAGCUGGCUCCUUGCUGGUCCACGGUGGUGAAACAGAAGCAGCAUUGACAGACACAUCAAAGUAGCAUUAAUUAGUUGUAGAUUCAAGCAAUUCCUCACCCUGAGGCUGAAGGAGCAAACUUAUCAUUGUGCAGUUGUUAGCACUGAAGCUUCUGCUUUUUUGGUUAUUACCUUACUGCUCUAUUCCCGUUCAGCAACUCCAGAUCAUUAUUCAUAGGUUGUUUUGUAGUAGAACAACGUUUCUGAAAUAUGUCUGCGAUUUCCAGUCUACAGUUUAGCCAACAUUCUAAUGUAAGCCCAUGUAUGAUGUAUCCGAGAGAAGAAACGGAGACAGGAAAAAUAUUGUUAUUUUUUAACGAGUAAAUGAAAUAUUCUCACCGAGGUUUAAUGAAAUCCUAAGUUGGUACCCCGGGUUUGAUUUA